CUCUUCAAUUUCGUCACUGCUGACUAUCACUUCAACACCUCCUUAACCCCUUUAUAAAGGCAAGGAUGUCUUUAUGCAUGUGGACACAUUUGUGAACCAGAUUAAAUCAAUCCAACAAACCAAAACAGGCCGAGUUUGCAACUUAACUCACAGAAUUCCCCAACAGCAAUGGCUACUGAUACUGUGGAGUUUUUGCCUCCACCAUUGGAUGCUACUGCAGAGCAACCUCCUCUCUUUGAUGGAACUACCAGGUUGUAUACUUCUUAUUCUUGCCCUUUUGCACAGCGAGUUUGGAUCACCAGAAAUUAUAAGGGGUUGCAAGACAAGAUUAAAUUGGUUCCUUUGAACCUUCAGAAUAGGCCUGCUUGGUACAAGGAAAUAGUUUACCCUGAAAACAAGGUGCCGUCUUUGGAACAUAAUGGCAAAAUCAUUGGGGAGUCUCUUGAUCUGAUUAAAUAUGUUGAUAGCAACUUUGAAGGACCUUCUCUUUUACCUGAUGAUCCUGACAAAAAAAAGUUCUUUGAGGAGUUGUUAUCAUACGUGGACAAAUUUGUAAGGACAAUGUUUGCUUCAUUUAAAGGAGACCCAACAAAAGAAGCUGAUGCUGCUUUUGAUUACUUGGAAAAUGCUCUUCAAAAAUUUGAUGAUGGCCCAUUCCUCCUUGGCCAGUUUAGUCUGGGGGAUAUUGCCUACAUUACUUUUGUUGAAAGGUUCCAGAUCUUCUUAUCGGAGGUGUUUAAGUAUGACAUCACAGCAAGCAGGCCUAGACUGGCAGCAUGGAUUGAGGAGGUGAACAAGAUCGAUGCCUAUAAGCAGACAAAGAAAACUGAUCCAAAAGAACUAGUGGAAUUCUAUAAGCAGCGUUUCUCGGCCCAGAAGUGAUGAAUGAAAUUGCUGCCAUCUUAGGAUAUAUAUUAUACACGAGAAUAAGCUGGGUACUCCCUGAUCGGUCAUCAGUGUGUUUUUUUUUUCUCCAAUCUAUGCUGUACUUGUGCCAAUGUGAAAGACUUGUGUACUAGUAUUUGCCAUCUCUAUAAAUAAAUUUUUAAGCAGUGUUGAAUAUGA